GAAUUGGAGAUUGUAAUAUUUUCUAAAGCAAUAAUUUUAAUAUUUUGGUUUUUGUAUGAAUUGUUGUUUACAUAUAAAUAUUUGUAGCUUAGGUGUAUAGAUAUAUAUAUAUGAAAUAACUAAAUAUUAUAUGAAGAUAAUCAUCAGUUAUAAAGUUUAUUCAAGAAUGUCCUGAGUGGAAAUAAUUAAUAAGAACACAGUAAAAUUAUUGUUAUAUACUUAAAUCCAAAAUGGAUAUACCAGUACAAAUAGCUAUUCGGUUAAAACCACCUAGUAUUGCUGAUUCCUCGCAAUGUAUAUUUAGUAAUCCUGCAUCGCAAAUUGUCAUAACAGAAAGUGGGCAAACUUUUCAUGUCAACAGAGCUUUACCAUUUGAUUGUACACAAAACCAUUUGUUCAAUUCUUUUAUGUUACCGCAAGUUAAUUGUUUUCUUGACGGCUGUGAUACCUCGGUUGUAGUUUUUGGCCAGUCUAAGUCAGGAAAAACCUAUACAUUGUUUGGUCCAGGUUUUGAAUGUAUACACAGUGAAUGUGAUCUAGGGAUUGUCCCGAGAUUCCUAACUGAAGUAUUUCACAGACUUGGCCAAAUGCCUGAAAGAGAAUUUAUAUUAAACAUUACAUGGAUGCAGGUCAUUAACAACAACAUAUUUGAUGUGCUAGGAGGUGGUUUAGUAAGAUGUUGUAAUAUUGAAGAGGCUUUUCAAUACUUGCAAUUAGGAUGGCGCCAAAAAUGUUUAGGGAACUAUCAUACAGUUUUUACUGUUAGUAUGGAACAAAAGUGGGUUGGUACUAAUGGAGUUCUAAAUCAUCGCAUGUCAACUGCAAGUUUUUGUGAUCUUGCUGCAUAUCCAGAACCAGGUCUAUUUGCUGUUGAAAGUAUAAUUAAAGAACUCGUAGCUGGAAAUCCACCAAAGCAAAUAAAUUAUGAUAGGUGCAUUCUAACAGCAAUGUUAAGAGAUUCCUUUGGAGGUCGGGCUUUCACCUGGGUUUUAGGAUGUAUUAGUUCUGAACCAGAGGAUUACCAGGACACUUUGAAAAUACUCAACUUGUGUUUAUGUUGUCGUGGCAUUAAGAACUUUGUUACAGUGAACUUGUUUGCUGAUAACAAUACUCCCGUGUAUAAUGAUAAGAGUGUACCACAAGAUAAUGCAUUUAAUUUACAAUUUGCAACAGCACAGUGGAUUAAAUUGGUAUCAAAUGCAGAAGGCCUGUUUAAUAAAAUUUUGCAGUCGAAGUCUUUGACUGAAACAGACAUGAACCAAGUGAGUGAAUGGCUCUUUUUAAAAGCUGAAUGUGAUGAAUGCCUUAACAAUGAAGGAACUGUAGAUAAUAAGGAAGGUAACACAAAACAAGGACUUCCCAGGAUAGCAGAAGAUACUGAGCCCAGUGAACCAAGUGAAUCUGAUGUAGAAUCUGAUUCUGAAGAUAGUGACUCUGAAAUGGUGUUUCAAGAUAAAGUUGAAAAAAUGAUGGACUUUUUCAAAGAAAAGAAUGAUCUGCUAUUUGCAGAAAGGUGUGAAGAGUACUUAAACCAUAUUGAUUCUGAUGAUAUAACUAUAUCUGAAACUAGUGGUUCCCAGUCUUUGCCUGUUAUGACAUCACAAUCCAAUUCUGGAAGAAGAAGAACAAUCCAGCCUGGCGAGAGUAUUUCUGGAGCUCAGUUGGAACUGCUUAGAAAAGUGGCAGCAAAGGCAAUAUCACCUGAAUCUCAAAAGAUAUUAAUUGAAUCUCAUAAAAAAGACAUAGAUCCCGAACCUAAAUUAAUUGAAAGGGAACUUUUGAAAAUGAUUGAUUCCCCAAAAACAAAUGAAAUAUGUAAAAAGUAUAAAAUGACAAAAGAAAAGUAUUCACAAAAGCAAAUACUGGCCAGAAAGCUUUCAAAGGAGAUCAGCAGUAGUCAAAGCCAAUUGAAAGAACUCAUAAAGUUAUGUAUUUCAAAACAAAGACUGAUAGAUGAAUUGUCAACAGCAAUUUCUAAUAACUCUCGAAAUAAGAGCUACACUGAAAGAAUUGAAUCUAAUAUAAUAGAUCAUGAUGCAAUGAAAGAGAUAAAAAGACAUGAAACAAAUAUAAAGACAUUUAAAAAACAAAUAGAGCAAAUUAGAAGACAAAUAAAGAAAGAUGAAAAGAGGAAGAAUACUUUAGAUGUAGAAUUAUUAAAAGAUAAAUUAAAAUUAGACGAACUUUCUGAGACAUCACUCGAUAUUAAAGACAAGAAAGUGAAUUCAAUCAAGCAUUUUACAAAUAGAAUAACACAUUUAGACAAUAUCCUGAAGGAGAAAGCUAGCGAUUUGGAAAAUUUAGAAUUGUCGCGUGAGAAAGAGCUAUUACUUAGAAAAGAAAUAAAAAAUCUUCGCAAAACGCGAGAGUGCUUACAUGAUCAAAGAUGUAGUUUAGGACACAAAAGAAAAUUAUAUAAAUCAUUAUCAGAUUCAGAGGAAAGAAAAUUAUUAGAAUGUGAGGAAGCUAUAGAAGCAAUAGACACAGCUAUAGAGUAUAAAAAUAAUUUAAUAUGUGGCAAGUCACCGUCGGCGUCAUUAUCUGAUUCACAAGACAAUAAAGACACAAGGAGUAGGGGCGAGCAGAUGUUAAUGGCACGACUGGACAAACUGUCUCAUGAUGAAAUGAAGACACUUCUUUACAGAUACUUUCAAAAGGUGGUUGACUUGCGGAGCGCAUGCGCGGCGCUUGAGUCGGGCGCUAUGGCCGCUGCGGACGAGGCGGCCACGUGGCGAGCGCGCGCGGCCGCCGCCUGGCGACUCGCGCAGAGGAGCCGGCCUACCAACAAUCACAGGUGCCUGGAUGGAGGAAUUGCUGAGCGUGCGUUAUCUCUGGGGAUGACCACAGACUCGGAGACGUCAGACGACGCCCUGCGGUUAGUGGACCGCAUGAGACAGCUCGCCAGGUGUCCACCUGUCCCUGUCAUUCCGAGUCAAAAUCUUCGACAGCUGAUGCCAGCGACUUACUUACCAGUAGCAAAAGUGACAAAGGAGAGAAACAAACUGGUUAUCAUACAGCAGAACAAAAAACAUUGAUGUUUGUGUCUGAUAUUACAAGAUUACUACAUUUGUGGAAUGACAUACUGAUCAUUAUCCUUGCAGUAAUAAUUCUUAUUUACUUAUUGGCCUGAAAUGGCCAUGUGAUGCUAUCUUUAUAAGAAUAAGGAUAAAAUAUU